AUGGCGCCAGCCGUGCUACUUCAAUACACACCAUUGGACGGCGCGUCGACCGCUUCCUUACCGCUCCAUGGACGACCGCGAGACGAGCCUGUUUCUAUUCCGGGACGCCUCGACACCGAGCUGGACGAGAACGACGACGAGCGGGACGAGGGAGACGUGGAGGAUGAUACGGGACGGACUGGACUGCUGAGCGGGAGGGACAAGGAGGACGAGGACGCGGACGAGGGAGCGGAUGAUCUCGAGGUGGAGGGACGGCGGCUGACGGGCACAGAGACGGUGCCGAAGCGACGGCGGAGAGUGACACACUGGCGACUAGUGCUACUCGGCUGCGUCGCGCUCGGCUCGGUCAUUCUCGUCGUCGCCAUCCUCCGCCCGUCCAUCCCCUUCCUCUCCUCCUCCUCUCCCACCCUUGCACCCCUCUCCGCCAGCGACGCAACCUACUACUCCGGCCAAGCACUCGCAGCCGGCGUCUACGCCCCCGACUCCGCGCACGUCGCAGCCAACCCUCUCCCCUCAGACGGGAAGUACGGCGACGUGCCCUUUGCGCAAGUCGGGCAGAGCUGGGAUAAGAGUGGGAAGACGCCUACUUGGGCGGGGGGAGACUGGGGGGAUAAGGAGCUGGAGGGGGAGUUGGGGGAGGGAGGGGGGAGGAGGUGGAAUGGGACGCAUUGGUGGGAUCCGACGGUUAUCUUGAUUUCGCUUGACGGCGUGAGAGCCGACUACCUCGAACGGGGCUUGACGCCUCACCUCCUCAACAUCUCCCGCAAAGGCAUCCGUGCCGAGUACAUGCAACCGUCCUUCCCCUCCCUCACCUUCCCAAACCACUGGACCCUCUUAACCGGCCUCUACCCCUCCUCGCACGGGAUCGUCGCCAACGAUUUCUACGACCCGCUCCUGGAGAAGGAGUUUGUGUAUACCGAGCCGGGGAAGAGUUGGGGAAGCGAGUGGUGGGGUGGAGAACCUAUCUGGGCUACGGCAGUCAAGGCCUCCCUCCGCUCCGCACUCUUGAUGUGGCCCGGCCCGCCCGUCAUGGCUGACGGAACGAAACCGACGUAUUGGUAUCCGUUUGUCGAUCGGUAUCACUACAGGAAGAAGGUGCGGAAGGUGGCGGGGUGGUUGGACAUGGACUACACACACCGCCCACACCUAAUGACUGUCUACCUACCCGAAGUCGACCAAGCCGGCCACAAAACCGGUCCCGAUUCCCGCACGACCGAGAAGACGCUCGCUGCGGUGGACGAGUUCGUGAGGGAGGUGUUUGACGAGGUGGAGAGGAGGAAUGCGACGGGUGUUGUGGACGUCGUCGUGGUGAGUGAUCAUGGGAUGGCGGCUACGAGCAACCAGCGCCUCAUCUUCCUCGACGACAUCCUCGGCCCCACGGGCUUCGCUUCCAUCUCACACAACGAAGGCUGGCCCUCCGCAGGCCUCCGCUUCAAACCCGGUACCGACGUCCCCGCUCUCUUCGCCCGCCUGAAACAGGCGGCUGAGAAAGAGGGAAGUGGGUUCAAGUGCUACGAUGAGGAGAGUAUGCUGGAGAGGUGGCAUUUCACGGGCCAUGAGCGCAUCUCACCUAUCUAUUGCGUCCCAGACGUGGGCUGGGCGAUCACGAACCACCACGAGCUCGAGGUUGUCAUGAACGGGACGUACAGCGUCAAGGGGAACCACGGCUACGACCCUGCCGACCCGUCGAUGCGCGCCAUCUUUGUCGCACACGGCCCGUUCGCCUCGUCCGUGAAGACUCGUUGUCGCCUCUCUCGUCGUCGGAAAUCGCCCACCGUCCCGAUCCCGUCGGACCCACACACGCUCGUCGUCCCUGCGUUCGAGAAUACAGAGGUGUAUGGACUUUUGGCGAGGUUGCUGCGAGUGCCGAGCGGGGUGAGGGCGAGUACGAAUGGGACGAGUGGGUUUUGGGAGGAGUGGUUGGGUCCUGAGGAGUAG